UGUGCAAUCCACUUUUGUCCAUAAAAGGGAAUUAGAGUCAUUUAUGAUGUAACUUGAACAAUCUGAGUCCAGCCCUCUUGCCUGUUUUACUCCAUUAGUCUUUGUGCUCUUGAACUUGGAGCUGCAGCAGCAGAAAGAGCGGAAGGUGCCAGAGGAGGAGGUGUAGAGCAUAGAGGCAUCUGUGGUUAGGCUUUUAGUCUGCAGCAGCCAGACACCAACAACAAGCAAGACGCAACCCCUACAGCAGGACUUUUAGCGCUUCAAGUCAAGAAACAACAACAAGGGGAAAAGACAAGGGGGUCGACCCUGCUGCCAGUACCAUCACAUGGAUUUUAAGGCCAAUCUUAAGGGUGUCAAGCCCAAGACAGAAGACAAGGUAAACUCUCCAAACCAGGUUGACUUCCGAAGUGUGCUGGGGAAGAAAGGUGGCACUACUGCCUGCAACAAGCCAGCUGAGACAUCAGCCAAGAAUGCCAGUGACUUCCGUUCCGUCCUCACCAACAAGAAGAAGCUGACGAGUCCUGAGAACAACAGUGACAGGGUGAACAAUUGUGUAGAUGGUGAGAUACAAUCAAGUAAGGAAUCAAGGAAUCAAGUAAGCGCCCCACCACUGGAGUUUGUGGAGAAGCUGAGUGAUGUGAGUGUGCUGGAGGGUCAGCGGCUCCGGCUGGAGUGUCGUCUCGCCACCACUGCUGCCGAUGCUGCUGUCACCUGGACCUUGGAUGGGAAGAUCAUUAAACCAUCCAAGUUCAUUAUUCUCGCCAAUGAAGGGGGUCUAUGCUCUCUCACCAUAGACAAGGCUCUGCCAGAGGACCAGGGCCAGUACAAAUGCAGAGCCGAGAAGUCGACAGGCACAGCUGAGUGUUCUUGCACAGUUCAUGUGGACGAACCAGCAGAAAACUCUCCAGUGGACAAGAAGUCCAAGAAGGCGAUUCCAACCUCAGAGAGUGAAGCCAGAAUAAAGAAGCCUACUCCAAAGACUCCACCCAAACAAGCUCUGCCCCCUCAGAUCUUGCAUUUUCCAGAGGACAUGAAGAUCCUGGCUGGACAAAAGGUGGAGAUUAUAUGCAAGUUCUCUGGAGCUCCACCCAUCACAUGCACCUGGCUAAAGUUCAGAAAACCAAUCCUGGACAGUUCAUCUGACAUUUCCGUGGAGUGCACAGACAGCAGCAGCACACUGACCAUCAGCAGCGGGCAGCAGGAGCACUGCGGCUGCUACUCUGUGGAGCUGAAGAACAGCUUUGGCAUGCGCCAGGCCGCCCUUAACCUCACCAUAGUGGAUAAGCCUGACCCACCAGCAAAGGUCCCUGCAGCCUCAGACAUCCGGCGCUCCAGCUUGACACUGUCAUGGUACGGGCCAACCUAUGAUGGAGGUAGUGCCGUGCAGUCCUACCACUUAGAGAUCUGGGAUUCCACAGAGCCGCAGUGGAAACACUUGGUGUCCUGCAACAGCACAUCCUACAAUGUGCAAAACCUUCUUCCAGAUCGUCAGUACAAGUUCCGUGUGCGUGCACAAAACAUCUAUGGAAUUGGAGAGCCAAGUGUUGAGUCUGAACCUGUGACUGUUGGACUGGUGGAAGAUGAAGAAAACCAGGAGGAGGCUGAGGCAGAGGAGGAGGACGAAGACUUGGAAAAAGAGCCAGAAUACCGAGAUGUAAUCAUUCGAACUGACAUGAAAGUGAAAGAGAUGUACGAUGUGGAGGAGCGACUGGGAACGGGGAAGUUUGGUCAGGUCUUCAAGCUGGUGGAGAAAGCCACAAAGAAGGUUUGGGCUGGAAAAUUCAUCAAGGCAUACUCAGCAAAGGAGAAGGAAAAUGUCAGGCAGGAGAUCAGCAUCAUGAACAGCCUGCAUCACCCCAAACUGGUCCAAUGUGUGGAUGCCUUUGAGGGCAAGUCAGACAUGGUCAUGGUCCUGGAAAUGAUCUCAGGCGGUGAGCUAUUUGAGCGAAUUAUUGACGAGGAUUUUGAGCUGACUGAAAGAGAGGUGAUAAAAUACAUGCUCCAAAUCAUUGAUGGUGUCAGCUUCAUCCACAAGCAAGGCAUAGUUCACCUUGACCUCAAACCAGAGAACAUCAUGUGCAUCAAUAAGAAUGGCAGCAAAAUCAAACUGAUUGAUUUUGGCCUCGCCAGACGACUAGAAAAUGCUGGAACCUUGAAGGUUUUGUUUGGAACUCCGGAGUUUGUGGCUCCAGAAGUGAUCAACUAUGAAGCCAUCAGUUACCCAACUGACAUGUGGAGCAUAGGAGUCAUCUGUUACAUCCUUUUAAGUGGUUUGUCUCCCUUCAUGGGUGACAGUGACAAUGAGACCCUGUCUAACGUCACUUCGGCCUCCUGGGACUUUGAGGAUGAAGCAUUUGAUGAAAUCUCAGAAAAUGCCAAAGACUUUAUCACCAAUCUGCUAAAAAAAGACAUGAGGGCUCGGCUGACCUGCGCUCAGUGCUUUGAGCAUCCCUGGCUGAAGCAGGACACCAAUACCAUGAAAGCCAAGAAGCUCUCCAAAGAGCGAAUGAAAAAGUACAUCUUGAGGAGGAAAUGGCAGAAAACAGGGCAUGCUGUCCGGGCCAUCGGCAGACUGUCAUCUAUGGCCAUGAUGGCUGGAGUCAGCGCCAAGAAGGGCUCACCCACUGAAGAGGACAACCAGUUCCUGGAAUGCUUGGAGUACGAGCAGAGAGCUGAGUGUAAGCCAAGCUUCAGCAAGGUCAUCAAAGAUGUGGAGGUCGUGGAGGGCAGUGCCGCCCGCUUUGACUGCAAAAUUGAAGGUUACCCAGACCCCGAGGUGGUGUGGUACAAAGAUGACCAGCCCAUCAAAGAGACUCGGCACUUUCAGAUCGACUAUGACGAGGAUGGAAACUGCAGUCUAAUCAUUUCAGAGGUUUCAGGUGAUGAUGACGCCAAAUACACAGUGAAGGCCGUUAACAUCCUCGGGGAAGCAACCUGCACCGCUGAGCUGCUGGUGGAGGUGAUGGCUGAAGAGGAGGAGGAGGAGGAGUGAAGCAGUAGCUGAAGGGACUCAGCAUGAACAGGAUGGAGCUUACUGUUCCUUAGCUUCAUGCUGACUUUUUAAAUGACAGAAGAUUGUUUGGGGGUUGGAGGAGCAGGUGGGUGGAGCUUUACACAUCACAUCUGAUCUGGUCUCUGGCACUAGGUAAGCUUGUACGACUCGACCCAGUGUGUUUGUACACACCAGCACCCAUCACCGCUUUUCCUGGUUAUAAAGGCUUCUUUUGAGUUUCUUUUAUCCAUGCUUUCUGAAAUUUGAUCUUCUCCUCUUGCUACUCUCACUUCUACAGUUCAUUGAUCCAAACAGUUAUAUGUGAGGUUUUGUAUUUGUUUACCAAUAAAAAAGUAAAUCUGAGAAGAAAAAAAGGAUUGAUUAAGUCAAACUCUGUUAAGCUCCACCCACUUUACAGGUAAAGCCUCUCUCCCCACACCCCUAAGGUUUCUCUUGUCAUUCAUUCUUCAAAGAAUAUCAGAUGUUUGUGCGUCAUCAGCCAUUCCUGGUGCUGUGGAAAGAUGUUUGACAGAUGAGACACAGAACCAUUUCUGAAAACCCCAUAAAGAGCACUGUCAGGAGCCAGCAUGAGAUACUUUAAUGAGCACUUUACUGUAGAGGUGUUGGGUUCACGUCUUCAUCCCAGAGGACUGCAGCACUACCUACCAUGUUCAGGUAACGCUGCUCUGUGGAAUCUCGGAGCAGUGUGGACGUCAGGCCUACGUCUGAGUCACAGCUACUAGACUAAACCAUGACUGUGCUGUGACAAUGAAGUGGGCCUGCUCUCUGUAGGAGAGUGGAGUGGGAAUCAGCCAUAUCUCAUGACAGACAUUACAUGCUGCUCUUAGCAGAAACAAAUCUCGUUCAAACUAUUCUGCGGUAACUAUCUUAUUUUGGUAAACAUCAAUGGUCCAAAGACAAGAGAGUUUCUAUUUGGGAUGAGACACCUGGGGGAUUAGGAGAUUCUUUUCACUGAUGUCUGUCACGAUCCUGCUGUUUCACAGUUGCCUGUUAACUUCAGUUCUUGUCUUCUUUUUUUGUGUGAAGCUCCAUCAAGAGAAGUUCAAGUGGUGACAACAGCAGCAGAAAACAUGUGGACUUGUCAUUAGGUACUGAAAUGCAAAUAUUCUUAAACUGCAGAAAUGUUCGUAUGCAACUCAGCAGUUUCACUGUAACUCAAGUCACAGCAUGAACCACAUCUCUCUUUGAUUUGUCCAUUCAUUAAGCUUGUGUUUAAAACAUUUGUUUUGGCUGAACAUGAUAAGUGCAAAGCAUAUUUGAAAAGAUACCUGGACAGGUGAUUUUGGAGCUCAGACGUAUCCAGUCAUUGAAAUCUGGUAUUCUUGAGAAUUUUUUUUUAUUGCUAUGCUUAAUAAAAUAUUUAAUUCAGCUUCGGAAAAGAGAAAAAAAACUACAGUGGCAUCUAGUGUGUGCUGGUGUUUCUCCAGAACAACUCGAACAUCAAAGGAAGUCCUGAAGCCAGAGUUCCUGUUUUAUGGGAUACACCAGCAGCAUAUUCAAGCUUUAUUAUGAAAAGAAGUCACUCACCACAGAUUCAUUUUUAACAUUCAAUGUGUACACAAAACAUGUUAUUAACAGAAGAAUCAUCCCAUUAAUAUCAAUACAAAAAUAUUCACAUAUCUGAUGACAAUGCAGUUUGUUAUUUCUACAGCUCUGCAUUUAAGAAUUAGAUUUGCAAGUAAAAAAACGUUUUUCUUAUGAGCCGACCUUUGUGUCUUACUUACACUUCCUGCAUUUUAGAAUAUCUUUAACAGAUAUAAGAAAAAUAGAAACAAUAAAAUCCUACAGUAGGCUUUUUCUACUGUUGUUUCUGUUAUUCUUCACUGUUCAGCUGAAGUCCUUGAUUCAAAACAGUCUUGAGACAAACUUUAAUUGUCUUAAAUCUGCUUCAAUCAUCAUUGUAGUAAAUCUGCCUUUGUGGAUUUUUGAUUCAUUUUGUACCAUAAAUAUAGAGUGGACUUUGUUGAAAGCUUAACUGUUUCUGGUGAUGAGGAAGUCAAAUGUUAGAAUACUGGUAAUAAUUUCUCUGUGGAGAGAUGACGGAUUAACACCGGAGCUCCAGUGUUUAUGUUCUUUGAUUUACGGUAAUUUUUUAAUUGUUAACACGAUCAAUGUAAUUCCAGUCACGCCACUUUUCUCCUACAUAAUCUACUGGAGUUACAUUGAUCGUGUAAAUCGUUAAAAAGUUACAGUGAGUUGAAGAUUUUGUGUUUAAGCGCCACCGACGACGCCACAGGUGUAAAGGGUUAAAAAGAGUUUAAUCAAAUAACAAAUGCAUUUUCCGUUGCUGGUAUGAUCAAAAGAGUUUCAGUGAAAAUUACUUCAUCUCUGUUCCUGCCAUUGAACCCACUGUUUGCUGCUCUUCUUGAAAGUCUAACGCCUGGUUCACUCCAGGUGCGGAGCGCCGCGGUCCACCACGGCCGGCUCGUGCCGUGCAGCAGAUCGUUUUGGUGUGUGGUCUAUUUUGUGUGCGAGCAGCAUGCAAUCCGUGUCAGUUCUGGCAGAAAGUUACUACUUUUUCUUAUCAGAAACAUGGAGUAAUAUUUUUAGGUUAUUAACUUACCCUUUCAGUCAAUCUUUUGAGCUUCAAUUAUGUUGUUUACAUUAUUACUUUUAGGCUAAUGAAUUUGUGUUUUCUGUCCAGACUUCUGCCUGUGCUUUUCCUAUUUACACUCUUGUCAGAUUGUUUCUGGCUACACUUAUAGAGCCGCUAGCUGAGAACAGAGAACCAAAAGUAAAAUCGUCUCCACAGCUGUUUUUCUGUGAGUUGAUUUCAUGCUAACAACAAGCAGCUGGUAAUGUCUGUCUCACUAAACCUAAGUGUUUGCAUUUUACAUUCUGGAAAUUAAUAUUAAGAAUACUUAAUUUAAAGAACAAAAGUUUAGUUGCUGCGGAGUGCUCAAAUAAAAUCUGUCCUCAACAGAAGAGCCAGUUGGCUCAGCUGCUGGACAUAACUGAGAGGGGAAAAAGAGAUUCAAACACACAUUUACUUCAUGGAUUUAUUUAUUUUUUUUUCAGCAUGAUCUGGAAAAAAGUUAAUCACAAUUCCUCUGAAAUCUGUGGUGUAUGUUUUUUAAAAGGCCAGAGUUCUUUGUUGUUGAACAAAAUGGUUUUGUGUCACAGCUGUAAAUUGAGAUAUCUGACAAACCUAAAGUGGCUUCUGAGAAGGUAUGUGGGGAGCUGAGAAUGUGAUGCAGAUAAAGGCAGGAGUGAAGAUGUUUUCUGUCUGAUGAUUACAUUCAUCUGUCCUGUUAAGUGAGUCUUAAGCUACGUUCACACCAAACACAAUUUGCGGGUCAAACAUUGAAAGUGGAUGCCUCUGGCGUGUCAAUCAUGUUCAAUGUGAACAUAGCUUUAGAGUUUUCCAGUAUUUAUCAUCAUUCGAAUGACAGAGUAUGAUUACAAUGACCUUCAGAGUGGAAUCCACCAAACAACAUGGAACCACUUUGUGGCGUGACAUAUACAGUAGUUGUUUUCAGUCUAUCACUUCCAGUUUUCAACCAAAAACAGCAGAAUUGUAGCGUUCACUAGGUUUCUGUUGAUGUCGCCCAAAGUGCCUGAGUGUGUGGGCAAAACCGUGUGAUCAGAUUUUGUGAAGUUAUCACAUUCCAACUGUGUGUUUGUGCUUCAGUCUAGUCACUCUAAAGUGGCUGAUGUAUUCAACCUGAAGCCAAAGAGCAUUUGUUUUUAAUUCACAGUGUGUCUUGAAGGCUCUCCAUUUUGCUUACUCUGUUUGAUUUGUAUGCUCAAUGACAAUGCCUUUUUCUUUUCAGUAGUUUUAUUUUGUUCUCUGUAUUUAAAGCACAGAUUUAUACAGUAAUUAUUGAGCAUCCAUCUUUAUGAAAGUCUUGCUGCACUUCAUUCUGUUCAGUUAUAACCAUCCAAGUUAAACAUGGGCUCACUCCUUGACCGUUUUUUUCUUUUUGUAUUAAGUGUUUGUAGAUUUUAUUUGUCAAAUAUUUAUAAAUAUAUGAGUGUGAUGAACUGCAAACUGAGUUUAUGAGAACUCUAUAAUUCUUCUACACACAGAAGCCAAAUAAAGUUGUAUCACAAAAGA